AUGCCUCCUCAUCUCUCUUCUACACCACCACCAUCUAACAAUUCUCCAAUUCUGUCUCUUCCACCAGAAAUACUCACUCAAAUAUCACUCGCUUCAAUCCCUCUCUCAGGUCCACCCACACCCGCACGCGCCCUCGGACUCACUUGCAGAGCAUUCCAUGCUUCACUGGGUUAUCGCACAAACGCACCCUUGUACGCUGCAAUCUUUCCACUCCAAUUUGACUCUCUCGCUCCCAAGCGCAGAGGUGCAGACUUCCACCCAGAGAGUGUAGGCCAUGAGCUACGGAAUCGCUGGUCCGUUCUAGCAAGCAUCAGGCGAGCAGUGCGUUCCCACACACUCCAAGAAUCCCCAGAACGAGAACUAUGGGUCGCACUCACCCUCUUGAUGGAAGACGACGGGCUGAACGCAUGCCAACUCGCGUGGGCAGGGCUGGAUGAGUAUAUCCAGCUCUUUUGGCAAGAGAGGAUAUUGAGGCCGAGUAUGGACAUGAGCUUGCCAGAGGAGACAGAGGAGCGUGCACUUGGGUUCUGGGUACUCUGGCUUACCUGUGAAGAAGGGAUACUCGAACGAGAAGCAGCGCUCACCCAGCAGGCGGCGCUAUACGCACUCAGACCGUACGCUUUUGCAGCACACAAAUACGACAUCUUCUCAGCGCCGUGGUAUGAACCUGUGAUGCCUCUGCUCCCAUCACCUUCCUCCUCCCCUUCCGCAUCUUCCCCUUCUGCCUCGACUAGUAACGAGCCCGCACCGGCAGGAUCAGAACCGAGAACCAAAAUUCCGUAUUUCGGUCACUUGCUCCCCGUCUCUCCGCCCCCAGCAGGCCUAGCAGCAAUUAUGCUCUUCUCCCUUCGUACCUCCCUCUCUCCCCCAGACGCCGCCCCUAUGCCCCUCGCUAUGCCCCUCGCCCCUGUCGCACAGCCAAUGCACCACACCGCAACCCCCACAGCGGCGAACACCGCUCACGGAGCGGGGCAGCUCGAGGUCGUCCGCCCGCCAUAUGCGAGAGAGCUGAGCGAGGACAGGGGUAGCCAUGUUUGGGACUCGGACUGGGGGAGGAUCACCGGCUGUUGGGAUCUUCUCGCUGGGCUUGGACUGGGCAGGGAGACACAUGUGGAUGGGGUUUGGGAGGGAAAGUUCACCUUCUUUGACUUUGAUUCAUACCGGGAUAUGCUUACUGGCUCCACACGCUCAGUGUACGAAGGCGCGUUCGCCUCCCAGCCCCAGGUCUGGCGGCUCCUCACUCGUCUCUCACCCAUCCCCGAGUCCCGUCGUCGACAAGUGCUCGCAGAGCGACGUGAGCGCGGAGCAGGAGAUGGCGAGAUGACAGGUAUGGAUAGCGUGCUGGAUGGAGAGUGGAGGUGGGAGGAAGAGGAGAGAGUCCUCGAGGGCGAGGGACAUAGUGCCUGGGGAGAGUUUAGGCUUGUCGGAUCUGUCAGGGGAUGGGAUGGGCUGGUCAGCUUGAGGAAGGAGUAUACGCCUGUAGCGCGCGGCACCUGGCUCUACCGCGGUUACCUCAUAGGCGAGAGGUACCUCGUCGGCAGGUGGAGGGAUACCUUCACGGAGAAGACGCAGGAUGGGUAUGAGGGCAUCUUCGCCCUUGCGAGGAGGGAGUAG